GUGGGGGUGGAGGAAGGAGGGACAUGUUGCUUCAAGCACACAGCUAAUGAAGACAGAAAGAGAAAUUAUCCAGGACUUAUUUUCUCAGCUGAAAACAGGAACAAGGGCAGUCUUUUCACCUCUUUCCCCCAGAAGUCUCACCCUAGACCUGUGCUCUGGAGGAGUCAGUCCAGGGCCAAAAGAAGAUGAGCUUAACCCGGCGCAAAGGUUUUUACAGACAGGAAGUAAACAAAACUGUCUGGGAGCUGCCCAGAAGAUAUACCUCCAUCAACCCAGUGGGAUCCGGGGCUUAUGGUUCUGUCUGUUCAGCCAUAGAUAAGAAGACGGGGGAGAAAGUGGCCAUCAAGAAGCGCCGACCCUUCCAGUCAGAGAUCUUUGCCAAGAGAUCAUACAGGGAGCUCAUGCUGCUGAAGCACAUGCAACAUGAGAAUGUCAUUGGGUUGCUUGAUGUCUUCACCUCAGCCACCUCCUUCAGUGCAUUCCAGGACUUCUAUCUGGUGAUGCCAUACAUGCGGACAGAUUUACAAAAGAUCAUGGGACAUGUCAGUGAUGAAAAGAUCCAGUACCUGGUCUAUCAAAUGCUGAAAGGUUUGAAGUACAUUCAUUCUGCUGGAAUCAUUCACCGGGACCUGAAGCCAGGCAAUCUUGCUGUGAACGAAGACUGUGAACUAAAGAUCUUGGACUUUGGCUGCAGACACGCAGAUGCUGAGAUGACUGGCUACGUUGUGACGCGUUGGUACAGAGCACCAGAAGUCAUUCUGAACUGGAUGCAUUAUAAUCAGACCGUGGACAUCUGGUCUGUUGGUUGUAUCAUGGCAGAAAUGCUGACUGGGAAAACCCUGUUUAAAGGAAAAGAUUAUCUAGAUCAGCUGACCCAGAUCUUGAAAGUAAACCGGACUCCCAGAGAGGAGUUUGUGCAGAAACUGGGAGCAAGCGCUAAGAAGUAUAUCCAGUCCCUUCCCAAGGGUUCCCAAAAUGGAUUAUCCCGGCUUUUCCCCAAAAGCCAAUCCUCUAGGUAACCCCAAGCGGUGGACCUGCUCGACAAGAUGCUGCAGCUGGAUGUGGAAAAGCGUCUCACAGCCACAGAAGCUUUGGCCCAUCCAUAUUUUGACCAAUUCCGAGACAUUGAGGAGGAGACGGAGGCCCAGCAGUCCUACGACGAUUCCUUGGAGCAUGAGAAGCUUUCUGUAGAUGAGUGGAGAAGGCAUACAUACAAUGAGAUUCAGUCCUUCAGUCCGAUUGCCCGGAAGGACUCCAAGAGGCGGAGUGGUAUGUCAUUGUAGUGGCUGGGGUGGCCAAGGUUGGGGCUCACUCCCCCUGCUGGGUCACAAAAGAGGACGUCUAUCAGGAUUUGGACCACCUCAGGGCCAGAUAUUUAUCAACAUGGGUGUGUGGAACUUCUGUGCAUGUGUGGAACCCAAGGAUGUGGAAUACACAAGAGUGUUGGGCUUUGUCUUGUGGGAGGAAACUGCACCAGAAACAUCUUUCAGUGCCAAAGAUGAAUGUAUUUCUCAUUAAAACCCCAAGCGGUAGAAUUUUA